AUGUACGCCGCUCAGAAUAUAACGCCAACAGUUUUGGAUGCUAUGAAUGGAAAUGUUUCCGAAUGGUAUAACGAAUGCGACAAUGCCAUUAGAAGGUCAGAAAUAGUUCCUGGAACUUACGAAUAUACAACUGCUGUUUCUUAUGGAAACGUAGGUGAGUUUGGAGAAGGUUCUUCAACAACAGUAGAUAUUGCUUGCGACAGGUUUCAUAUUAUUUCUAUUGACAACUCUUUCUUAUACGUGGAACAAGACAUUGAAAUAAAACCUUCUGCCAAGUUGUCUGACAAGAAAGGUUGCAAUGGAAUUUUCUAUGUCGGAUACCAAUAUGCUCCAGAAGUUUUCAUGGGAUAUAAGAUAUAUUCUAACUCUGACUUAGUUCAAACAGUAACAUGGGCAAACUAUGAAUGGUUCGCUUUGAGAAACUCAGUACAACCACAAGCUAGAGAACAAACAGACCAGUAUGCAACUAUUGAGAAAAUAAGAAGACUUGACCCUAACGUUCCAGGAGUUUAUGUUGACCUUUCUGGACAAACUGCAGCAGCAGUAACCAAAGUAAAACUGAAACUUAGAGUUCCUUUGUCAUCUUUCCUCAUCUUCAGGUUUUUAAGAUACUUGCCAAACUGGGCAGGAAAAAUUUCUAUCGAACUUACUCCAAGCAAAAAUAACUUAGUCAUUGCACCAACACAAGACCCAUUCACUCUUACAGACGUAAAGGGAGCAAAUCAAACGUCAUUCGCCGACUUUUGCAAAGACAAAGUUGACUUAGACUUUGGUUUCUCAAACCUCAACACUGAAGUAAACUAUUAUUUCAAUGCUGCUGGAACUGCUUGGGACCCAGUUAAGUUCACAUGCGAAAAGUUUGAAUGCAAGAGAAUAGAAAGCAGACUUGCAGUCUAUAUGUUGGACCCAGAUAUUUCAAAUGCUUUAGCUGCCAAAUAUAUUGCAGUUCCACUUAU